AUGGAGGUGUGGAUCUUCGGCGACGUGUGGUGCGCGGUGUGGCUGGCGGUGGACGUGUGGAUGUGCACGGCGUCCAUCCUGAACCUGUGCGCCAUCUCGCUGGACCGCUACGUGGCGGUGACGCGGCCCGUCACCUACCCCAGCAUCAUGUCGCCGCGGCGCGCCAAGAUGCUCAUCGCGGGCGUCUGGGUGCUCAGCUUCGUCAUCUGCUUCCCGCCGCUCGUCGGCUGGAAGGACUCGCACACGGCGCAGCCCCGCCCGGAGCCCUGCCCCUGGACCUGCGAGCUCACCAACGACACGGGGUACGUGCUGUACUCGGCGCUGGGCUCGUUCUACCUACCGAUGCUGGUGAUGCUGUUCUUCUACUGGCGCAUCUACCGGGCAGCGGUGCGCACCACGCACGCCAUCAACCAGGGCUUCCGCACGACGCGCGGCGUUCACUCGCGCUUCGACGACCAGCGGCUGACGCUGCGCAUCCACCGCGGCCGCGGCUCGCUCAACAGCAACCAAAUGUUCAGCAAGGAAAUGGGUACACUGCUCAUUUCUCCAUGCUAUCAUCUAUAA